CAGACUGGGGCCUAAGAUUGUUUAUGACAACUGACAACGUUACCUAUGAACUGUGUUUUGUGGCUGAAAUUUGUCUAAAUGGAACCGAUUUUGGAUUCUGGAACUCCUCUCGCAUCACCAGAGCUAAGCCGUUUAAAGACAAAGCGUCGAUGCCCAUUUGGAGAGUCUCCCCAGCCUUUAAAAAUCCCGGCAUCUGAAAGUGUAAUGGCGCGUAAUGCCAGUUCCACAUGUUCAAGUGAUCAAAGUUCCACUUCAAUCACUGCUUGUGCAUUUGAGGUGCUCAUGAACAGCCAGAGAAGUCAAAGAGAUGCUAGCUAUGCUUCUCCACUACAACCAGCUGCAACAAGUUCUUCCUGUCAAUGUUGGAUUUGUCAUCAAUAUGGUGAUUCUAUGCCAUGUGCAUUCUGUGAACACAGUGCUUGUGAGAUGUGUGUGCGUCAAUGUGACAGAUGCUUUGGAGUAUUCUGUGCUUUCUGCUCCACCAUCAACUACAGUAAUCACGAAGAGCGUCCUUUGUGUCUAACAUGUCACCAUGAGGAGCUGCGCUGGCAGCAGAACAGAGCAGCUCAAGGAGUACAGCAAUCAGGAACUUGGGGAAGACCAGGAACUGAGGGCUAUAGGCCACUUAAGGCAUAUCACACCGCAUUCACACUAUUUUGUAACAUGUACAUACCAUGGACUUUCUUCUGAUUUUAUCCUUGAAGUCCCUUACUUGAAAAAGGCAAUUUUGCUACUUGUCACCCUUAAUACCCUAAAAUUAGUAUGCAUAUUCUCCAUACUUUUCUGUAAGUUGCUGACAAGGAGAAUUUGUUUAACAAUCAUGAAAUUAUCUA